CAGGCGUGGUCGUUCGUUAGAGACCGCAGUAUAUCCGAGUCGGGCGAGUCGUAUGAAUCGGUCUGUGCUAUCGCUUGUCAACUAUUGUUGGCAAGACUGUGUGCAUAUACGCGCGCGCGAGUUAGUGUUAGUGUAUGUGCUUGGCAGAGAGGUCGUUUAACUUUUUCUCCCCCACUGUUGUUUUUUUUCUUACUUGAGAAUCGGUGGAACGAAGAAUAACGUCACUUAAAUCUUUUUUUCGGAAAAAAAGAAAAGGAGAACUAGUCGAUAAUGAAACAAUGCAUAGAAAAGUGAGAGUGAACGUGGCCACGUUCGGCCGGUUUGCCGACAGCGUGAAUCACCAGCAACACCGGCGUUCAUGAGCCCACGCAGUGCUAACCGAUGCACGAUUUCUCUCUUUCUCUUCUUUCUUUUACUCUUUUUCUUACUAUUCUCUUUCGCUCUUUAUUCCGUAUUACAUACUUCGCACUCCCCUCUGGUACGAAAGUGUUAUUUCACACGCGUACGCAAAUUUUUCGUUCAAGUGUGACAGAUAUAAUACACAAAAUCAUAAUAACAAAAAGAAAAAGGGGAAAAAAUAUGACAUAACUCUCCAUUAUCAAUUUGCUUGAACGAUAAAAAGGACCAAACUAAAUAUAUUGGGAAUUGUUUCUCAAUAAAGGGGAGAAAGAGAGAAUUGUGUCGAACAUAGAUCACGUGAGAACGUGGAAAUGUCGACCGAAAAUCAAAACGGUUCCGCUGGUACACAAAGCAACGGAAUAAAAACCACAAUUGGUUGGUCGUCGUCCACAAGGACUGUCUCGAACAAUUCAUCGUUUUUACAUACUAGCAACUCGAUGUUGAACCGUGACAAGCCGCGUCAAGUGCCACCACCAACUUUACCGAAAUACACGUCGAGUUUUAAUGCCGGUUGGAAUGGCAGCGGCACAACCGAACGAUUAAGCAGAGAUCGCGAAGUCGGAGGUAGUUACAGGCUGGCAAGCCUUGACAGACUUGCCCUCAGGCAGAGGAUAUUGGACGGGGAAAAAACGAAUGGUGACACCACGUCGAUACAGGCGAAGCGCGAGCUGUUCUUCAAAGGCGAUAACGCCGGAAUAAUAUCGUCUCCAUCUGUGCCAUCGGUCCCGCCUCCACAACCUCCGUCGCAGGCCCCGACGUCGAUGAGCACAUCGUCGACGAGCACGUCGUCGACGACGACCACGACAACCACAACACUUGCUUCGCCUAACACAGCACCGCCAACCUCUUCGACCGUGUACACAAGCGUCACAUCGUCGGCGCCUACCUCGAAGCCACGAUUACCUCCGUCCACGGUGAUCUUAAAUCAAAACGAUGCAUCAGAGGACAGUAAUAAACGGGAGUCGAAUCGAAAUAGCGAGAACAAGGAGGCUGCUGUCCUUCAUCAUCCGCGACCAACGCCGCCGACCAAGCCCAAAGAACUCGAUGGUUAUGUGGGAUUCGCAAAUCUACCCAACCAAGUUUAUAGAAAGGCUGUUAAGAAAGGAUUCGAUUUUACUCUGAUGGUCGUCGGUGAAUCAGGACUAGGAAAAUCAACCUUGAUCAAUUCAAUGUUCCUCGCCGAUAUAUAUAGUGCCGAAUAUCCUGGCCCUAGCCUUAGAGUUAAAAAAACUGUAGCCGUAGAGACUAGUAAAGUAUUGUUAAAAGAGAAUGGUGUGAAUCUUACUCUGACUGUUGUUGAUACACCUGGAUUUGGUGAUGCAGUCGAUAACAGCAAUUGUUGGGUACCAGUAAUCGAAUAUAUUGAAUCCAAAUAUGAGGAGUUCCUGAAUGCCGAGUCUCGUGUUGUGAGACGACAGAUUCCAGACAGUCGAGUACACUGUUGUCUCUACUUCGUCGCUCCUUCAGGGCAUGGCUUAAAGCCGUUGGAUGUAGAGUUCAUGCAACGUCUUCACGACAAAGUUAACAUUAUACCUGUCAUCGCGAAGGCGGAUACCAUGACGCCAGAUGAAUGUGCUCAUUUUAAGAAACAGAUUUUGAACGAAAUAGCACAACAUAAGAUAAAAAUCUACGAAUUCCCAGAGGUAGAAGAAGAAGAGGAAAGUAAAUUGCAUAAAGUUCUUAGAGAAAGAGUACCGUUUGCGGUAGUGGGUGCAAAUACCGUAGUCGAACAUGACGGUAGGAAAGUUCGUGGAAGGAAGUAUCCUUGGGGAAUCGCAGAAGUGGAAAAUUUGGAGCAUUGUGACUUCAUAGCAUUACGAAAUAUGGUUAUUAGAACACACUUACAAGAUCUAAAAGAUGUUACAAAUAACGUACAUUAUGAAAAUUUUCGAUGUCGCACGUUAGCAGGUGUUGGAGUGGAUGGGAAACCAACAAAAGUUUCGAAUAAUUUGUGCCCUCCAGGAGUGAUGAACAGUUUCAUGACAGUAUGGAAUCCACUAGCUCAAUUGGAAGAAGAAAAAAGAGAACAUGAUAAUAAAAUGAAAAAAAUGGAAAUUGAUAUGGAACAAGUAUUUGAAAUGAAAGUUAGAGAAAAGAAGCAAAAACUUAAAGAUUCAGAAGCAGAUUUACAAAGAAGGCACGAACAAAUGCGACGUUCUUUGGAGCAACAAGUACGUGAAUUAGAAGAAAAGAGACGAGCAUUUGAGGCUGAAAAGUUAGCAUGGGAACAACAAACUGGUCACAGUAUUGAAGAAUUGCGUAGGCGCAGCCUAGAAGCAAAUUCAAAAGAGACGGGAUCAGUGUCUUCCGAGGGAUCUGGCGGUGGCGGGGGUACGUUGAGGGGUUCCCGAGGGAUAGGAAGUCUCCUACGCCGUCACACCAGUUUCAAAUCACCUCAAGACAGCCCUACACAGAUACAGCUUGUCAUACAACAUCCCGAGCAUCCUUAG